UCUGUUUACCCCUCCCACCAGCCUUUCUGGGCGUGGUGGAUUCUUAUCCCAAAGUGCAGGCGCCCUCUGCGGAAACCAGGGGCUGUAGGACCGGACUACAACUCCCAGCGAUCUCAGCGCUCGCCCGCCGCCCCGGCGCAAACCCGCCGUCGCUCUCCUUCAGGACAGGUUUCUUUUCAGGCGUAGGGCGGUUGCCCCGGAACCUUAGCGCGCUUCAAGACUUCUCUCAGGCCCGCGGCACGAAACCAUGGCCUUGUACCUGGGCAGGCUGAGUUCAGGCCCCUGGUGCCGCGCGGCCCGGGUGGGCUGCGGAGAGCUGCGCUCCUCCUGGUCAGGGCGCUGCGCGGCUGGCACGGCCGGUUCCGUGCACUGCCGCGGACUAUGGAACGGACCCGCGGCGAGAGGCGGCGCCCGGCUGGGCACUGGGCUGGCCGCGGCGCUGGCGGGGUUAGCAGGGUUGGCAGCCGCCGCCUUCGGGCACGUGCAGCGCGCAGAGAUGGUGCCUAAGAGCUCGGUGGCGCGGGGCCCCUCGGCGGCCCAGGAGGAGGCAGAGGACGAGCUGAGCCGGCGCUGCAGCUGCUUCAUGGCCCCGCCUGUGACUGACCUGAGCGAGUUGCGGAGGAGGCCGGGCGACAUCAAGACCAAGAUGGAGCUACUGAUCCUGGAGACCCAGGCCCAGGUGUGCCAGGCGCUGGCGCAGGUAGACGGGGGCGCUAGCUUCUCUGUGGACCGAUGGGAGAGGAAGGAAGGAGGUGGUGGCAUCAGCUGUGUACUUCAGGAUGGUCGUGUUUUUGAAAAGGCUGGAGUGAGCAUUUCUGUUGUUCAUGGGAAUCUUUCUGAAGAAGCAGCAAAACAGAUGAGAAGCAGAGGAAAAGUUCUGAAGACUAAAGAUGGUAAAUUACCAUUUUCUGCUAUGGGUGUGAGCUCUGUUAUCCAUCCUAAGAAUCCUCAUGCUCCCACUAUCCAUUUUAACUACAGAUAUUUUGAAGUGGAAGAAGCAGAUGGUAACAAACAGUGGUGGUUUGGUGGUGGAUGUGACCUCACACCAACGUACUUGAAUCACGAAGAUGCUGUCCAUUUUCACCGAACUCUAAAGGAGGCUUGUGACCAGCAUGGUCCAGAUCUCUACCCCAAAUUUAAAAAAUGGUGUGAUGACUACUUUUUUAUAACCCAUCGUGGGGAGCGGAGAGGCAUCGGUGGUAUCUUUUUUGAUGACCUUGACUCACCAUCCAAGGAGGAGGUGUUCCGUUUUGUGGAGAGCUGUGCCCAGGCUGUGGUUCCUUCUUACAUUCCCCUUGUGAAAAAGCACUGUGAGGAUUCAUUCACACCCCAAGAGAAGCUGUGGCAACAGCUCAGACGAGGACGAUAUGUAGAAUUUAAUCUGCUGUAUGAUCGAGGAACAAAGUUUGGCCUCUUCACUCCAGGAUCCAGGAUUGAAAGCAUCUUGAUGUCUUUACCUCUGACUGCCAGAUGGGAAUACAUGCAUUCACCCUCGGAGAAUUCUAAAGAAGCUGAAAUUCUGGAAGUUCUGCGCCAUCCCAGAGACUGGGUGCAUUGAUGCAGGCCGAGCAGCUGUGUGGGGUUUGGAGGUCACAAGUCUGUGCCCCGCUCCACUGGCUGGCCACUGUUGCCACUGUGUGGCACUUAGUUCCCUGCGCCUUAGCUCUCUGGUUUUGUCCUCUGGCCCCCUGUGGACCUCUUGUCCUCUGGUAAGAUGGAUGCUGUCAGUGAUGUGUGGUGGGAUGGCAGAAUGUCAGAGUCAAUUAGUGUAAAACACACACUUUUAGAAUCAUUUCAUAUGACUAGUUUACUGAAUUUGACAUUGAGUUUCCAAGUAAUUAACAUACUAUGUACUUGAAAACUCUUCAUCUUGUUUUUGUAUUUUAUUCUUUAAAAUUUUUCGUUUCUCCCACAGAAAUCUGUCAUGAGAUAUAUUUUAUCUUUAUUAAUGCAGUGAAGUUGAGACUUCUUGGCAAUUAUACAAAGCAAUUUGAAGGCAGAAUUUGUUCUUUGUCAUUGUUAAUGUCUCUGAUAUAAUCAUUUUUCUUCAGAGGCCUUAAUACUGUAAAACAUGAAUUUGUAUAAUGAUAGACAUUUGGAACCAGUUAAAAUUUAUCUGCAUAUGUUACAAUUCAGUCAUUACUUACAGAUUUUGACUCUAAUGUGACACUACUGUCAUUUAAAAAAGGAACACCUAAGUUGUAAUUUUGAUUUUUGUGGAUAAAUUCAUUAAUGUUGGAAUUCUCAGUACUUUUGAAACUGAAAGCUUGUGUUCCUGGAUUCUCAUACUUUAGUUUUCUGUUCCAGAUAUUUCUACAUGAAACUUUUGACUAAGAAUAAUCCUAGAAUGUGAAUUUUCCUUAGGAAAUGCUUUUUACUUGGAAAAUAAAAUGAGAAAUUCAAAUUAGCAAUUCUGUAACUUCUUUAUUCUUAAGAGAAAAACAGAAUUCUUAAUAUAUGACUUGUUUAUUCAUAUAAUAAUGUGAACAUAUUAUUUUACUUGAUUAUGAUUUAUCAAAGUUUGUAAGAAAGCAUGUACACAUAUUUUUAAACAUUACCCUGAAUAUGUUGGACAUGUAUGAUUAUAUGUGGCUCUUUUAAGUACUAGAAAAAAUAAAUGAAUUCUUCAACUGUUUAUAGCAGAUCCACUAAUAAAUUUUAUUGUGAAAAAUAA